UGCAACGUCCACUUGAUAUAUCAAAUAAUUUCGAAUAGUAGUUAUUUAUAAAUAAUAAUAAUAUUUAUCAAGUUAGCUGUUAAUGUUUGACGUUGUUGACAAAAAAAUAACAACGUGGACGCAACGUUAAACGUUUUAUUUUACUCUACAAUUUAUACACGGUUUUUUUACUCAACCCUGGUUUUAACGUAAUCCCGAUAAGAUGGCUAAUGUAAUAUCGGAUAAAGUCCCCAAAGGGCAGAUGCAAGCCUUGCAGGCUAUGACUCAGCUGGAUCAUAUCUGCGCUCUUGACAUCCAUUCAUUAGCCCCUAGAACUCGACUUACCGGAAUAAUUUGCACUAUUGGACCAUCAUCUCAAGAUGUUGACCGUUUGGUUGACAUGUUGAAAACUGGAAUGAAUAUUGCUCGAUUAAACUUUUCCCACGGUACUUAUGAAUAUCAUUCAACGACGAUUACAAAUGUUAGAGCUGCUGCUGAAAAGUAUGGACAAGAAUUAAAUUGUAAAUAUCCCGUUGGAAUCGCUUUGGAUACUAAGGGACCGGAAAUUCGAACCGGUUUAUUAGAAGGGGGUCCUUCAGCUGAAGUGGAACUAGUAAAAGGCGAAGAAAUUAAAGUAACAACUGAUAAAGCAUACGCUGAAAAGAGCAGUGCCCAAGUGCUUUACGUCGAUUAUGAUAAUAUAACCUCAGUGUGUCAGCCAGAUAACCACAUUUUCAUCGAUGAUGGUUUAAUGUCGCUUAAAGUGGGUAGUAUUCAAGGUCAAACCAUGGUUUGUACCGUUGACAAUGGAGGAAAGUUGGGUAGUAAAAAAGGUGUAAAUUUACCUGGAGUAAACGUCGAUUUACCAGCUGUUUCCGAAAAGGAUAAAGCCGAUUUGCAAUUCGGCGUUGAACAAGGCGUCGAUAUGAUUUUCGCCUCGUUCAUUCGUAACCCAGAGGCGGUGGGGGAGAUUCGAAGUAUUUUGGGCGAACGUGGAAAAGAUAUUCAAAUUAUUUCCAAGAUUGAAAGUCAACAAGGUAUGAACAACAUCGAAGGGAUUAUUGAGGCUUCCGAUGGAAUUAUGAUUGCUCGUGGUGAUUUGGGCAUUGAAAUCCCAACGGAAAAGGUGUUUUUGGCUCAAAAAUCCAUUCUUGCGAAAUGCAAUAAAAUUGGCAAACCCGGAGUGUGCGCCACACAAAUGUUGGAGUCAAUGACUUAUAAACCAAGACCAACACGCGCAGAGAGUUCUGAUGUAGCUAACGCCGUUUUGGAUGGAGCUGAUUGCGUGAUGCUUUCUGGUGAAACUGCGAAAGGAGAUUAUCCUCUGGAAUGUGUUGGAACUAUGGCUAAUAUUUGCAAAGAAGCUGAAGCUGCCGUUUGGCAUAGACAAUUAUUUAAUGAUUUGAAUGCUAAGAUUAUCCCACCAAUUGAUCCAGCGCAUACAGUUGCUAUUGCAGCUGUUGAAGCUUCAACGAAAUGCUUAGCUUCAGCAAUUAUUGUUGUGACUUCAUCUGGAAAAUCAGCUCAUUUAUUGUCAAAGUAUCGUCCUAGAUGCCCUAUUAUUACUGUUACUAGAAAUGCUCAAGUUGCUCGUCAAUGUCAUUUGCACAGAGCUUGUCGUCCAAUCAUUUUUGAAGAUGAACGUGUCGAUGAUUGGUUACACGAUGUUGAUGCUCGCGUCCAAGCUGGAAUAAAUCAUGGUAAAGUGCAAGGUUUUAUCGAGAGUGGUGAUCCAGUGGUGGUUGUUACUGGAUGGAGACAAGGAUCAGGUUUUACAAACACCAUGAGGAUCGUGUUAGUAACCGAUACUCUUGAAUCUGUGGUGUACUGAAAAUGUCCUCUCUUCAAAAUCCAAAAUCAUUCUUUUUCCAGUUCUAUUUACCAGUUUUUUCCUUUUGAAAAAUUUGUAUAUUUGCUAUUAUAAAUACACUAUUAUCUAUU